AUGGCUGGUCCUGGCGGUGGUCCCCCCCGCAAGAGCCACACCAAGUCCCGGUUCGGCUGCAAGACUUGCAAGCGGCGCCAUAUUCGUUGCGAUGAAACCUUCCCUCAAUGCCGUAACUGCACCAAGCAUAACUGUCGUUGUGAUUAUAUGGACAUUGCUACUGUACAUGACGAGUCGACCUCAGUCCGCAAAGUGCCCGAUCUUCUCAUGUCUACGGAAAUCGAGAUGGAAAUCAAGAACUGGCAGCUAACUGGGCUACCUCCGUUUCCUGAACUGAUGCACUUUCCGCGCGAUUGCUGGAGCAAGCUAUCGCGGACGGACCUCCGUCUGAUCCACCAUAUCAUCGGGCUCUCGAUCGACCUCCACCGGCGGGGGCUCAGUAGCUGCACUAUCUGGGCCCAGAAGAUGCCACUCUUUCUGUCUAUUGCUAUGUCCAACGACUUUGUAAUGAGCUCCAUUUUAACCUUAUCUGCGACUCAUCUUGCCUGGAUCACCCACAACCAGGAAACCAAACAGCUAGCCUUCCACCAUCGGGGUAUUUCCAUUCAAGGCCUCCAGAAAGCGAUCAGCACUUUCUCCAAAGAUAACUGUGAUGGGAUCCUCGCUGCAUCGAUCCUCCUGUCAUGGCAAGAUAGCGAAUGGUCGAGCUGGGUAUCUUUGCAGCAGGGUGUGACUUCUGUAUUGGACUCGAUGCCUCAGCUAUGGAGGCAGGAGUCCGAGCUUGCCAUGUUCCUGGAAAAUCAACGGUUUUUAGCAAGCGCGAACUCUUUGGUCGUUUCUGGUCUCCGCUUCCAAGAAGAGGAUCUGGCCAGUCUCGACCACACUAUCAUCACCCUCCAGACCAUCCAAAAGCGAGUCGCACACAACCACGAACACUUUCGUCGACUCGGGGAAUUGCUCGAGUUCGUGCGACAUUUGCAGCGUGAUAUCCUGUCCUUGACUCCCGCUCAAGCCUUCGAACGCGUGCAGCCUCUGCGGCAGUGGCUAUUCUUUCUCCCGCCAGCCAUGCUUCGUGGAGGAGAUGGUGAUAUCGGAGCCUUGGCUAUUUUGGCGCAGUUCUUUGGCGUCGGAGUAGCUCUGGAUAGUCUUUUACCCGACCUAGGAGGCGCCUAUCUGGGUCCGAUGUCCGUAGGACCCAUCGAAGAAAUCUACCGCACUAUCUACGCAAGGAAUGCCACCACCCCCUUUAACCCUGACGUACAACUGGCUACUUCCAUCAUGGAUCUCCCUCGACAUCUAGCCGCUAAAUACAGAGCCCGUCUACAAUGGUCCCCCCGAACGUCUGUCGAGUACUACUCGCCGCCGCCGCCGAGUCCCUUCCAAACGGUGCAGGACUUUCGUCCAGCAGCGUCUCCAUCACCUUCAUCUGUCUCGGCUUCUUAUACCGCAUAUACCCCACCACUGCAGUCUCCCCCGGCGGUGACGAUUGCGAGCUCACCCUAUGAGGUUUCCGCGUCGUAUGCAACGGCGCCAGGCUCAGCGAGCCUCUAUCCCCCUGCCCAACUUCUCUCGGACACGCGGGAAGAACCCUCUGAUUGCGGCCAUCCGGGGUCUCUACAGCACUCCCCGCCAUAUCCUCCCUCGUAUCUCGAAGACAUAGUUUGCGGGGCUCGGGUGGAUGGGGGCCUUGCUCUGAGCCCUUUGGAGCUCUACGAAGACCCCCACUCCGUUGUCCAUGACUACGGCACACCAGAGUCCAUGUGGCCGGGAGGCAUAUGCACAUAG